UGUUAGCAUAGCAACCAAUUAACAUUAGCGACCGGUAGCAAACAUUAUCUGGAUGUAAACUUUGGGAACUGCGUUAACAUCAACCGUCCUGACAUCAACGAUGGCGUUGCCGUAUCUUCCUGGCAAUUCUUUUAACAAAAGUUUGGGAAAGACAAAGUUCCACAAAUCUCAUCACUUUGACCAGCUGAACGAUGUGUACAGACUGGUGGGUCACGAGAAGCCAGGUAUUGGAGGUGAACCAUUACUCGGACAGAAACUCAAGCCCAAAAAUACGGUUUUCCCCCGGGGUGAGGGGUCCAACCUGCCAGCGUGGGUGGCGUUUGAUCGCCAGGUCCUCUGCUUCGAUGCAUACUUCCAGGAAGCAGUGCACGAAAAGAGAGAAGAAACCUACAGGAUCCGAAACUGCAAAGUAUAUUUUUAUUUGGAAGACGAUUCGAUCCAAGUUAUUGAGCCCAGAGUGAAAAACAUGGGUCUACCUCAGGGAACGAUAAUCCGGCGCCACCGAAUUCCGAAACCGCCACCAAACGACGAUGAAUUCUACACGGUGGAUGACCUGAACGUUGGGAUCGAGGUCAGCUUCUACUCCAAGGUGUUCAAGCUGACCAACUGUGACCAGUUCACGCAGAACUUCCUGCGCAAGUUGGGCAACAGUGUCGACUUGCCUGAGCAGCCUCCAACCGAUGCCUAUUACCGUUAUAGGCAGGCUAUGGAAGGAAGUAUGCAGCCACUCCGGCCAUAUGAGAAACACGACACGCUCGAACAGUUUCUGAACCACGAUCGCCACGUUCUCCGCUUCUUCUGUUACUGGGACGAUACCGACAGCAUGUUUGGGGAUCCAAGGGAGCUAAUCCUGCACUACUUCCUGGCCGAUGACACGAUUGAGAUUAGAGAAGUGAUCCCCCCGAAUGCAGGUCGCGAUGCAGUUCCAGUGUUUGUACGCAGGGGACCGCUGCCCAAGAACGUGGACGCCUUGAAGCAGCCAGGGGAGAUAACUGACCGAACCGUGCUCAACGUGUUCGGCCCGACUGGCCGUGGAGGACGCUACAUUCUCGACAGUCUCAAGACGGGCGCCGUGCAGCAGGAGUUUUACAAAGACUCCGACCUGACGAUCGGCUCCAUCAUCAACGUGUGGGGCAGGAAGGUGAUGCUCGUCGACUGCGACAACUUCACCAAGGAGUACUACAAAACCAAAUACGGCAUCACGGAAUUCCCUCAGGUUUCCUACAAGCGCGAUGAGGGCGUGAAGAUCAAGCGGGAAUAUCCCCCGUACAAUGGGUUCGGCAGUGAGGAGGACUCGCUCUGUUCGUGCAUGGGUCUGAUGCCGAAACCGCCACGCCGUGACUUCAUCAAGUUCAUGGAGCGCGACCGACAGGGUCUCGACAGCAACGUGUUGCGCUUCCUGGCACGACUCGAGACGGACAAACCCAUUGACAAGGAACGCAGGUUCAUCGUCUCCUACUACAUGUGUGAUGACACAGUGCAGGUCUUCGAACCACCCAUUCGCAAUUCAGGUAUUAUUGGUGGUAAAUUCCUCGAGCGCGGCCGAGUUAAGAAGCCGAACCAGCCUCCAUUUAGUACAGAUAUGUCAGAGUACUACAUGUGUCGUGACCUGUACGUGGGCAGUAAGGUGGAGUUCAACAAACACAAGUUCCUCAUCAUCGAUGCGGAUGAAUACGCCUUCCGCUACAUGGAGAACCACUGUGAAGAGUUCCUGUAUGCCGAUGUUCAGCGUAUUGGGCGACGUAUUGCCGAAAAGGUCGGACAGAAUCCCGAGGACAUUCAGGCUUUCUUCGCCCGGAACGACCCGAGCGGCACGGGCGUGGUUCCGUACGAACAGUUCCGAACGCUUGUCAAGCAGCUGGACGGGAGUCUGAUGGAGCACGAGGUCAUGACCCUGGCUCGUUACUAUAGCGACCAGAAGCGUGAAUACACGCCCGACUGGGAGAAACUGGUCGCAAUCGCACAGGAACAUCUGCGCAAGAGGAACUAUGAGGGUUUUGGAAGUCUCACCGAGAGUUUCAUCUACGAGGACAUGAACAAGUCUGGCUUCUUGAGCACGGAGAUAAUCCGCACCGUGUUCCACUCUCACCAUGUACCACUGCCCGAUGACCUGCUCAGAGCUGCUGUCGAAGUGGCUCCUAGAAAUGAACAAGGUGAAAUUGAUUACGUAGAGUUUGUAAAACAGUUGAACUGGCGAGAUUACCCCGUACCCUGCAUGCCAACUCAGCCAAUCACAGAGGACGCAGACUGGCAGGGAACGCUCCCGAAGUCGCAGGUCACGAACGUCAACUAUAAGGCCAUGUUGUCCGACCUGUUCCAGUCAAGCAAAUAGACAAUUCAGACUGUGUCGUCACUCCCAUGGAUAUUUGCAGGGAUCUCGCUAAUAGAACGUUCCAUUUCCUUGUCUCUCACCAGACGUUUUACUUCUCACCAGAACCAGGAAAAAACUACAUUAACAUUGUAUGGAUUUGUCAAGAAAAAUUAACAAAUCUUUAGCGCCACCACUUCCCACUCCCAUCCCCUAUAACAAAAGAAGGAAAAAAAGAAAAAACUGUUAAAUGUACCCAUACAUCUUCACGCUUUUCCACAUGGUACAGUGUUUCUAGCUGAUAAUAACGUUCACAGACCUUUAAACGCAAUAGUAAUUGAGAUAAUUUUAUUUUUCGCUUUGAAUAUUUAAUUUGUGUACAUCAAGUAUUUUUGUCAUGUUAAUGCUGGUGGUAUCCUGUAACAGCUAAGACAUGACUAUAAAAGUAGGCGAUGUUUUUUUGUUUUUUAUGUGUCGAGACUUCUCACAAUCAUCAGACAGGUACAGCAUUUCCACGAUGGAUUAUUAUAUUUUAUCCCAUUUUGAUGAUAAAGAAGAAUUUGAGACAUGAGUUGGACCCUUUGUACCAUGAAGAACGUGAAACUUGGAUUUCUUUAUUUCAUUUAAAAGUUUCCUUGUGGGUUAUUCUGUUAAUUCUGUAUGACAGUAUAUAUAUAUAUAUAUAGUAUUAAUUAUUAAAAGGUGUACAUAACUGAUAGAAUAUUAGUUUUAGACAGCCUUCGAAAUUCAGAUCAUCUUGUAACAUAAUAAAUUAAGUCAGCUGUCAAAAUUCGCACAAAGCUAUUGCAAAAUUAAUCAUUAUCAAGUAAAUUUAUUUUAUUAUUUUAUCUGAAUCUCGAGGGCUGUUUUUGCAGAUACUAACUUGGAAUGGACAGUACUCAAUUAUGCCAAAAUAUGUUUCAUCCAAUUCAGCAUUAAUUAAUAGCCAAAAGAUAAAAUGCAGAUGUUAUGUAAAUCAAGUUUUAAAAACAUACCAGUAAUGCUUCAUUUUCAAUUGUACAUUCAUAUUUAAGUUGUAUCAUCCAAAGAAAGUGUUUUAAAAAAUAUUCCAUCAUCACUUAUCCAAAUUUGAAAAAUUUCAUUAAAAAAAAAGUGGUAUUAUGGUUUUAAUUUAAUUAUAAUUUUAAACAUCUGUUUGAAGUAUAAAGUGUUAUAAAUUUCUACUUAUUAAAUUUGAAUGUUAGAAUAUAUGAAAUAUAGAGUAUACUGCUUUUGUCUAUUUGCAUACAUUCAGUAUUAUUGUAUAAGUAUUUAUCAGAAGCAGCCGACAGUUAUUGUAAUACAUGUAUAUAUUAUUUAUUUUUCUUCUAUCAAAAACAAAAAUGAAUUGGAAGUAACCGAGUGAAGUGGAAUGAUGAAAUGGUAGUUUUAUUAAAAUUGAAUUUUAAGUGUUUUUAUACAUUAUAUAUAUACCACAUACAUGCUAUAAAAUUACUGAAAUUUCUUUUAAAAAUUAUGGAUUAGAAGAGUAAAUAAAAUCUAAGACUUCUGUUUUACCUUCGUUAUUCAUAAAAUUAAUAUGAAAUAAAACAUUAUAUAAGAGGUUAGAAGCGUAUGUGUAUGUACACACCUACACAUACUUGUGUGUAUUACACAAAAACAAAAGUAAAACAACACCUAUCGUAAAUAAAAACCAAAACCAGUCUGCUGGAUGGAAUUACAAUAUUUUUGUUCCACGGAAACCACAAAGGUCACAGUAUUAGUAACAGAUAAAUAAUAAUGUGCGUUAUUAUGUUGGGACAAUGAAACCAAUUUUUAUUAUUAUCUUACUGCACUGCUGUGUACAUUUUUGUUUUAACAUCGGAAUAUGUGCUUUGUUGAUUUAUCUUCUCUUUUUUUUGUGGUCUGUGAUAGAAAUUUUGUUUUAAAGUAAAGCAUUGUACAAUAAAUUAUUUAUACAAAAGCCGA